AUGGGAUAACAAAAAUUUAAGGUUAAUAAAUAUUUUGUAACCAUAGAAAUUUAUAGUACUCACAAGAGAUAGCCAUAAAAACAAUUAUCUAAUUAAUCGUUUAUUAGUAACCAUGACAUAUAUAAAUCAUAAUUUUUGAAGAAAUCGGUUUUGACAUUUAUGGUUAAAAUCUUCAAGAGCAAACCCAUUAAAUAAGAAAAAUAAUUGAACUUAAAAGAUUGCCUAAAAUCUUAGGGUGGAGAAUUUAUAUUUUUUAAGAUUAUGUUCCUAAAUGGAUAUCAAAAUUGGAGAUACGGAAUUGCAAAUAAAUAAUUGAAAAAAAAUUAUUAUGAUUUAGAAAAAAUAGUUUCUGUUUUUAUUAUAAGUUUGGUAACAAUUGAGUAAGAAAGGGCAUUUUUAGGGUUGGGAUUUAUUAAAGAUAUUGGUAUCAUUGAUAUUAAGAUUCAUGUUAUCUCUAAAAUUAAAUUCAACAAUUAAAACUAUUUUAUCAAUUCAAAAUUCGAUAAAAUAUCAUGA